AUGUCAUCACAUUCAAGGAAACAGAUAAUAGGGACGAUAAACGUCGGCCCAGAAAUCGGAAGAGGCUCAUUUGCCAAUGUGUACAAGGGUUAUGACAGGGUUACAAACCAACCGGUGGCAAUCAAAUCGGUCAUCAAGAGCAGGUUGAAGAACAACAAAAAGUUGAUCGAGAAUCUUGAAAUAGAGAUCUCCAUCUUAAAGAACAUGAAACAUCCACAUAUAGUUGGUCUUUUGGAGCAUCACAACACCCCAGACCACAUUCAUCUGAUAAUGGAGUACUGUUCUCUAGGAGACCUGUCGUAUUUCAUUAGAAAGAGAGACCAGCUGGUACAAACUCAUCCGUUGAUCAGUUCGAUAUUGGAGAGAUACCCGUCGCCCCCAAAUUCUCACGGCUUAAACAAGGUGAUAUUAGGCAAUUUUCUCAAACAACUGGCUUCGGCUUUGGAAUUUCUGAGGGAUCAGAACUUGGUCCACAGAGACAUUAAGCCGCAGAACCUGUUAUUAUCGCCUCCUCCUCAUUCCAAAAAGGAGUUCGAGGAGAAAGGCUUUUCUGGGCUUUGGGAACUGCCUGUCUUGAAGAUUGCAGACUUCGGAUUUGCGAGGUUUUUGCCGUCUACGUCGAUGGCGGAAACCUUAUGUGGUUCCCCACUCUACAUGGCACCCGAAAUCCUGAGAUACGAAAAGUACAACGCCAAGGCCGAUCUUUGGUCUGUUGGCGCCGUUAUCUACGAAAUGGCAGUUGGAAAACCUCCAUUUAGGGCAUCCAACCAUGUGGAACUCCUCAAAAAAAUUGAGAAGAACAAGGAUAGAAUUUCAUUUCCUUCUUCGGCACAGGUACCAGAAGAUAUCAUGAGACUUAUCUCUGGAUUACUGAAGGCGAAUCCCACCGAAAGAAUGGGCUUCCAAGAGUUCUUCAACGAUCCGUUGAUCACCGCAGAUAUCCACUGUGUUGAUGAGCCCCUUGCGUGUUCGAAUAUUGACGAGAAUCUGUUCAUCAGCGAGUAUCUCCCCGUCGAAAACGCGGCUCGUCGUUUUGGAAAGGGCCUAACGGAAGAGAUGGAUGUUAUUCCUCAACAGAGACACGCCAAUGCUCCGAUGACCAUAUCCAAACCUGUGGAUCCUGCUAAUGCUGUUGAAAGAUCGAAGAGCUCUUCUCCUCCGGAAUUUUCGGUGGCGAAGACUAUUUCAAGACCUGGCAGAGCAGCCACUGGAUCGGACGAGACCAUCAAGAGACUCAUUCAUAAGAGCAGCCCUGUACCUGAAAACAUGGAGGCAUCGAUUGGUGGAGCAAGACCGCUAGUAAACAGAUCGACUACUGGCUACAAGGACAGAAGUGAUAUCGUGGUUGAGAAGGACUAUGUAGUGGUCGAGAAAACAGCGGUUGAAGUAAACGCCCUUGCAGAUGAGCUUGAAAACGCUCGAAUCGGAACCGGGGGGCUUUUGAGACAUGCUUCGUCGCCUGUCCCUUCGUUGAGCGGCCGUCGCUACUCAUCGAGCAGAUCAUCUGCCAGUUCUCACAGAAGACCAAGUUUUGGGGAUCGCAAAAUCCCGAUUUCUAUCAGUCCUACAAAUGCUCUUACUAAGGCAUUAGCUGGCUUGGCGUCCAACAGGCUGUUUGGUUCACCACAGGCGUUAUCUUCGCAGCCAAUGCAACAGUCCCAAACCCAACAGGCUUUAUCUCUACAAUUAAACCAGAAUCUUUUGAUGCCCAUGAGCAGCCAAAGACUGGCCUUACCCAGUCAAUCUCAAACAAAUGCCACAGAUGUCGAGAUUGUUCAGCAAUUGGAAAUUUUGGCCACCAUGGCCCAUGCCAUAAGUCUAUUCGCCGAGGUGAAGUUUAGCCAGUUGAUUCCCUUGCCACCUUCUACUCACGAUUAUAUGGAAGGGGUACCAGAUAACGACGACGAGUUGCCCCCUCAGAUGACUAAGGGUUUGGCCGAGGAGGGAGUUGCGCUUUAUGUCAAAACGUUAUCGUUAUUGGCCAAGGCGAUGACUGUAGCUAGCGACUGGUGGCAUCAGAAUUCCACUAAUCACACUGCGUCUCCAAGGCUAAACGAGCUCGUUCAAUGGAUCAGAAUGAGGUUCAACGAAUCUCUUGAAAGAGCAGAGUUUGUACGGCUCCGUUUAACAGAGGCAAAUGAAAAGUUGAUCACAGGUUCUACUGGUUCGACUCCUUUGCAAAACUCUGGUAAUUCUUCCUCCUCAAGUUUUUCCUCAGCGCCAGUUGCAGAGAAACUGAUUUUUGACAGAGCAUUGGAAAUGUCACGCAAUGCAGCGUUGAACGAGUUGAGAUCAGAAGAUUUUAGCGGUUGCGAACUUUCAUAUUCGACUGCGAUUUGGAUGCUGGAAGCACUUUUGGACUCGGACUUGACCAGUGAGAACAAGUUGGAUUCAGAGGACAAGAAGACCAUCGAAAUGUUUGUCAGCAGUAUUGGCAACCGCUUGAAGGUUCUAAAACAGAAGAUCGAGAAACAGGAGAAUGAGCAGAGAUCUCACCGGCACAUCAGUCCUGUGUGA